UUCAUUGAUACAACAAUGGUGGGUGGUUUUUGGAGAUUACUUGGUGUUGUAGUUGGCAUUCUGAUUUUCCUUGAUCAAUUUGUCUCUUCAUUAUCUGACGAUGAUCGCCUGAAAGAUCCGAAUUACAGCAGCUUCAUGUUUGACGCUACGUCAGCGCCGCCGCGCUCUCACUACGACUACAUCAUCGUCGGCGGCGGCACCGCCGGCUGCCCAUUAGCGGCGACCCUCUCAGAGAAGGCCUCCGUCCUCCUCCUCGAGCGCGGCGGCUCACCGUACGGCAACGCCAACAUCACCGACCUCGCCGCCUUCGGGAAGGCGCUGGCCGACCUCUCGCCGUCGUCGCCGGCGCAGCAGUUCGUCUCCGAGGACGGCGUCAUCAGCGCACGCGCGCGCGUGCUCGGCGGCGGGAGCUGCCUCAACGCCGGAUUCUACUCGCGCGCGCCGCCGCACUACGUCGGCGCCGCCGGGUGGGACGGCGGGCUGGUGAACGAGUCUUACCGGUGGGUGGAGAGGAUGGUGGCGUUCCAGCCGCCGAUGAAGGAGUGGCAGUCGGCGGUGAAGGAUGGGCUGUUGGAGGUCGGCGUUCACCCUUUUAAUGGCUUCACGUACGAUCAUUUGCAGGGGACUAAGGUCGGCGGCACCAUUUUCGACGGCGACAUGCGGCGGCACACGGCGGCGGAUCUCCUGAAAUACGCCAAUCAAAAGAAGCUUAAAGUUCUAUUGCACGCCUCUGUCCAAAAAAUACUCUUCCGACGAAAAGCAGGUAAAAAGAAGCCAUUAGCGUACGGAGUGGUGUUCACAGACGCAUUAGGAAAAAGGCACAAAGCGUAUUUAAAACAUGGGCCGAAAACUGAGAUAAUUAUAUCAGCCGGGGCUCUCGGAAGCCCAACACUGCUUAUGUUAAGUGGAAUCGGCCCAAUGGGCCAACUCAAGGCCCAAAACAUAACAGUGGUUUUGGAUCAGCCGUUUGUGGGCCAGGGCAUGUCAGACAACCCAAUGAACGCCGUCUUCGUUCCGUCGCCGUCUCCGGUGGAGGUUUCGUUGAUUCAGGUAGUCGGAGUUACGCGCUACGGAAGCUUCAUCGAAGCCGCCAGCGGAGAACUCUUCUCCGCCGGACUUCCAGUUGGUGAUUUCUCCAAAUUUUCCACCGAGGCAAGCAAACACAUCCUAGAAUCGGCGGAGCCGGCGGCGUUAAGUGGAGGAUUCAUCCUGGAGAAAACCUUGGGGCCAGUCUCCACCGGCGAGCUGCGCCUGAAAUCAAAGGAUCCAUCGGAAAAUCCGUCGGUGACGUUCAAUUACUUCGAGGAUCCAGAGGACCUCCGGAGAUGCGUCGAAGGAAUGGAAGUGAUCGAGAAGGUAAUCGAGUCGAAGGCUUUCUCGACCUUCCGAUACGACUACCUACCGGUUCCGGUGCUCCUCCAGAUAACCGCCAACGCUCCGGUGAACCUGCGGCCGAAGCACGAGAAUGUGUCGACUUCGCUGGAGCAGUUCUGCAAGGACACGGUGAUGACAAUCUGGCAUUACCACGGCGGUUGCCAGAUCGAGAAAGUGGUCGACUCUCAGUACAGAGUCAUCGGCGUCGACGCGCUCCGAGUCAUCGACGGCUCCACCUUUAAACACUCCCCCGGAACUAAUCCUCAGGCCACCGUAAUGAUGCUCGGAAGGUACAUGGGAGUGAAGAUAUUGCAGGAGAGGCGUCAGAAAAGCUUUAGAAAGUGAAGAUAUGAAUAUAUAAAUAAUUGAAUAUCAACUACUUUUUGUUGAAAGCUUUUAGGCAAUUAAUAUGCAUAAUGUAUGUGCGUGCUGCCCCUUGGAAUCAAAUGCAUACAUGUAAUGUAAUAUAUAUAUAUAUAUAUAUAUUAAUUCAACAAUAC